AUGUCUGGUUUCUUAGAGUCACUGGUUGCCUUCUGUUUGGCUCUCAGCUGCUUCCUAAGUCACACAGGUUGUAUGGAUGUGUCGACCAGUCUGUCAGCAGAGACUGAGCUGGUGAUCCCAGCCUCCUCCGAGGACAGUGUGGCCUUUACCUGCGAGGUGACUGGAGCUGUUGUUGAAGGCUACUCCCCUCUCUGGGAGAUCAGUGGGCGACAGAUUCCCUCCACGUCUGAGAACAACUUCAUCAUCACGACUACCUCCGAGAACCGCUUCUCAAACCUCACAGUCACCCAGCAAGGCAGGCAGUUUGUUGGUCUCCAGGAGAUCUCAGUAGAGUGCCAUGCAGACAACCCAGCCAAGUUCAGACUGGUCCGUGGGAAAGAAACUCUCUUUAUCGUCCAGUUUGACACCCCUAGAGCAGUGGAGGAUUUGGAGUUGGUCUACAGUGCCCAGUCAGACCUGCGGCUUCAGUGGAUCAGGCCUUCUGGCUUACCUUCAGCAGUCCCAGUGUCUUACUACAUCAGCAUCACCAACACUAAUACUGGCAGUGUAGAGCAGAGCUAUGAGACUAUGGAGACAAACGUGUCAGUGGAUCAGACCACCACCCAAACCUGUCAGUCGCACACCUUCACGGUGACUGCCAAUAACACUGCAGGCUACGGUCCUCCUGCUACCAUCAUCCACAGCAUACCCAUAUCUCUCAACAUCACUCCAGUGGCACAGUCCCAGAGAGUGUCCAGCCUCUCCCUAUCAGCUAGCACUGGCCCCAACAUCACUGUUUCCUUCACGCCAGCCACUAGCUGUGGAGCACAGUUCCCAGUGGUAAACCACACAGUUGGAGUGGAGGGACUAGAGGGAGAGGUGGUGGUAGCUCCUGGGUCUAGUCUUGUGUCUGUGUCUCUCACUCCAGCCACCAUCCCUCAGUUGAUGCUGGACCAGGUCCUCAGUAUUGUCAUCACUGCCUGCACAAAACUCACCUGUCUCACUCCCACACUCCCUAUAGUGAGCUGGAGGCCAGUGUUGUAUUCUACUCCACUGCUGUCUCUCUCAACUGCUCAUUUGCUGUCGGGAGCUCAGCCACUGGCUGUCUGUUUGUCUUCAAACUCACCAACCAAGAUCGCACAGACAAUGUCUCAGUUGGCUAUACUGAGACCAGUGAUGGUGGUCCGAUGUUCAAUACCUCCUGUGAUUUCCUCACAAACACCAGGUCAACACACUGAUAUCAAAAGAAUAAAAGGAGCCUAUGAUGCAGAGGUUCAGGUGUAUGACAUAGAGAGAGAUGGCUCCAUUGCACCGCAGGCAAUUACUGCUAUUGUGACAGUUGAUGAAGAUCCUGACAAUUUUACCUGCCCUCUUCCUACCAAUGAAAUUGAGAGGACCAGAGAAGUGCUCAGUCCAGGUAAGACUGUCAUUAUUAACAAAGUGCAUACUCACUGCUGUGGAAAUCCUCAGAAAUCCUCAGUGGCAGUGAUGGUGAUGAAUUGCGAGAGUGACGACAGUAUCAGUGUGGAGCCAAUGCAGUGCCCACAGGCCACCAAUCUCAUCUCCCAGCUCCAGAGGAGGAGGAGGAUGAGGGGAGCCAAAGCCUAUGUCCGCCUCUACCCUGAGAAACUGCCACACAAUUAGCUCCAACCCUCCACCCUAGGCCGUCAUUUACACUUCACCACUUAGAAGUUUUUAGCCCAAUAGCUAAAUAUGAAAAUUUUAUGGGUCAUUACGACAGAGUGGGGGAGUGGCACCAUGCAGGGGGUGUGUCGUCACGUCGUCUUAGUUCUAGCGAUAAGCUACGUGGAAAUGGCUAGUUGUAAGAGUCUACAGCUACUGGUGUUGCUCCUAGCUGCACAGACAGUGCCUGGACAUUGUAAGUUUACGUACCGCGGCUGAAGCGCGCGCCUACGCCGCGCGGACAUCGAUCAGCUGAUCUUUCUUAUCUCUGCCGCGAUCUCUUUCACUCACAGCUCAGCUAUUGACGGCCUACCGUAGUCCCGGCCGUCGACCAGAAUGUUCCUAACAACACUAGAGACAACGUCACGUAUUCGUGCAGUGUGGCUGCAGGUCUGAACCUGGUCUGGCAGGUAGGGAAUCUCCAGAUCACUCCGAGCACUCUGCCUGCCUUCCAGGACCGCGGCAUCACCACCCGGGGCAGGAUGGCUCCGUUCUCGUCUUUACCGAGGAGGCUCUGCGAGAGGUGGGGCAGGAGUUUGAGGUUCUCUGUCUGGCCUUUAGUCCUACCAACCUCUCCAGCUCUCCCUCUGACACUCUCUUCCUCCGAGUCUUCGGUCCUCCAGGCCCAGUUGUAGAUCUAGAUGUAGUUCCAUUCUCCGGCAAUCAAGUCCUCGUUACCUGGGGUCGUCCCCUCGGCUUUCUCUCUGACAUCUCUAUCAACUACACAGUGGUAGUAGACAGGUUCGAGACGGAGUCUCCAGUGACUAUAGUCAGUGAGAUCACCUCCUCCACCUCCAUGAAUGUGACAGAGAGUGCUGGUCUUGACUGCGUCCGUCACCUAUUCACUGUCACUGCUCUCAAUGAGGCUGGAGCCAGCCAACCCUCCAGCGUGAAUGAGAGCAUCCCCAUCAGUCCAGACCUAUCAGCCACAGACGCGUCUCUCUCCAUUCUCUAUGUCAAUGUCAGCUCCUCUUUACCUGAGAUUGCUGUCUCCUUCCAGAGGGCCACCUCGUGCAGUAGUGAGUUCUCAGUCACCAGUCACAGUGUGGUGGUGAGGAGGAGAGAUGGGGGAGGGGAGGAGGGAGGAGGGGAAGAAGUGGCAAGAGCCCUAGCCCUCUCCUCAACCACUGACCUACUGAGAGGAGUAGUGAGAAAUCUGCCUCGAGACUCCGCCUCCUCGUUGAGGUGGAGGCUUGUAAUGUCCUCCUCUGUCGCACCUCAAGAGCUCUCGACUUGUUGACCACAGAUGUCCAGACAGCUUCAAUUGUCUUCUUCGAGACGUUUGUCUUCAUCAACUGUACCUUUGCCUCUGGGUCCGUGUCCCUGGGCUGUGUGGUGACCUUGGAACUGGGGGAGGAGGGGGAGGAGGGGGAGGGGGGAGGAGUGAGGAGGGAGCGGUUCUGGCUACAGAGAGAGAGUGGUUCAAGAGCAGUCAGUCAGUGUAACACCACUGCCAACUCCAGAGUGGCUUAUCAGGUGAUCUCAGCAGUAGACUGGGAGCCAGACGGUAGUCUUGGGUCCCAGACUGUUCCAGUGACUGUGGAUGUGACUAACACCACAGACACCUUCCCAUGCCCUGUUGGUGGACAAGGUCAAAGAGACAUGGGGCUGAGUACAGGAGCAGUGGUUGGUAUAGUAAUAGCUGUGGCAGUGUUUGUGAUGCUAGUGAUGGCGGCUGUGCUGGUCUCUGUCCUUCUACUCUACCGCAGAACUAGAGAUGUGAGAAGGAAACCAGAUGGAGCCAUCUCUAUUGAGGAGAGGGUCCUAAUUCCCAGGGCUGAAAGAAGGAACAUUCGUGGACUUAAUACCUCUAUGUCUGUACCAGCCACUUACACUGCUGACAAACCUCCUAAACUGGAAGCCUCUAUGUCUCUACAACCCACUACCACUGCAGCCACUACCAACACAACAUAUCCAGAUUCAGGUACGAUGAGGUCUACAGCCAGUCUCCCAGUCCCCAGCAUGCAGGCUAGUCUGAGCUGCGGCCCAGUGGGAGAAAUCAACAUCCCCAGAGGGAAGAAGGGAAAGAUACACAUGCACAUCUGGUCUGAUACUCUGGAGAGAUGCAAGAGCAAUGGCAGGACCAACAUCCAGCUACUGCCUCUACUGGAUGAGGACCAUGAGACUAACCCUGAGGACUCUCAUAUGUAGUUGAAAUGGUGUAUGAAGUUUCCAGCACUGGCGCAGUCCUUCCGCGAUUCCCGGAAGCCAUAUCCGACCGAAAAUCGCGCAAUUGCCAAUUUGCGUGGCGCGCGCGUCGCGAGUUCGCAGCAAGGACGUAAUUAACCCUCGGCGCGCAUGCGCAGUUCGCCGAGGGUUUACACUUCACUC